AUAACUUGGCUGCUUUCCCAUCCAUGCCCUCCCCAUAAUGACUGUAUGACCCUCGGAAAUUACACAUCGUGACCACUAUGAACCGUACAACAUAUCCCUCCGACACCCCAGUCACUACUAUUUUCACGGUGCCUCUCCAGCAUGUUCGUCACGACGAUGAAGGCCUAUCUAUACCAACUCCAAGGCAAUCGACCUCGCGUCGUGGCACUCGUAGGCUCAAAGUACCAACCCCUUUGCAGAGUCUCUACCUAGGAACCAAGGAAACCAUUCAAAAUAACACGGGAAUGCUCCUUGUAGCCGCUUCUCAGGUCUUCUUCUCUCUAAUGAACGUAGCUGUCAAGAAGCUCAAUAGUUUGGAUAAUCCGGUUCCUGCGCUAGAACUUAUCAUAGUGCGAAUGGGCAUCACAUGGAUAUGUUGUGUAUCCUACAUGAUGAUUGCCAAAGUUCCAGAUCCUUUCCUGGGGCCUAAGGGGGUCAGACUCCUGCUCGCUUUGCGAGGUUUUGUCGGGUUCUUCGGCCUAUUCGGAGUGUAUUAUUCCCUACAAUACCUAUCACUCUCGGAUGCCACAGUACUUACAUUCCUCGCCCCAAUGUUCACUUGUGUGACGGGUGCACUGAUAUUGAAAGAAGACUUUCAUUGGAAACAGGCGGUUGCUGGUCUUUGUAGCCUUUUCGGAGUCGUUUUGAUCGCACGGCCAGAUUUCAUAUUCGGUCACAGAAAGCAUGAUGGUAUCACCCAUCUUGUGGAAGGUGUUGACCUUGACCUCAAUCCUACGGAUGGUGUACCUCCUACCCAAAGACUAGUCGCCGUUGGGGUUGCUUUGAUCGGAGUGUGUGGUGCAACAGGGGCUUACACAACCAUUCGGGCAAUCGGGAAACGGGCACAUCCCAUGCACAAUCUUGUCUCGUUCUCCACACAAUGUGUCAUUGUUGCCACUAUAGCGAUGCUGGUGCUGCACACACCAAUAGUCCUACCCACGCAACUUGACUUUGCCGCCAUGCUUGUCAUGAUUGGUCUCUUUGGCUUUUGCGCUCAAUUUCUUUUAACGUUGGGUCUCCAAAGGGAAACUGCAAGUCGUGGUACUAUGGCCGUCUACAUCCAGAUCAUAUUCGCAACUGCGUUCGAGAAAAUAUUCUUCCACACAACACCUUCACCGCUGUCCAUCAUCGGCACUAUCAUCAUCAUGUCUUCCGCGGUCUAUGUUGCUGUUACGAAGAAUAGUAGUGGUUCUAUGAAACGUGCACAACUCCAGGCUGCAAUGUUAGAAGAUAUAACUCUGGAAGAAGGCUUACUAGCUAACCAAGAAGGAGACGAUGAGUCUGAUGGUCAAAAGGCAAUUCCACUUCAGGAUGUUGUCAUCAUGAAAGAGGUGCCCGAGCCUGUGCAUACCGAAAGGGCGAGCCUGGACAAAUUGUCUUCGGGUUAAAUAUCUAUCGUCAGGUAUACUAGAGGGAAUUUGAUUGCUUGGAUUAUUAUGGGACCUUUAUUUCAUCAUGUAAACUAGAGGGUCUCCUGCGCGGAUUGAUAGAAACGCUAGUGAUGAGAAAUGUGGUGAGUGGGGUGUUCAUCACACGGGUCUGGUGCUGCAUCAGGCUGCAUCUGGAUCAAAGGCGGCUUGAUAGGCUGUUGCCGUCUUGCAUUCUACAACCAACAACUACAGUAAAUAUUGGCAUGUACAGUACACGAGUAUAUAGUCUUUUCUUUGAUCAUUCGCUCAGCUCAC